AUGGCAGCCUGCGUCCUAAGACAGGGGUUAUUUUGCACCUUUAGUAAAUACAGUCAGGCGCACACUUUACGGACAUUAACUGUAAAUUUUAAUAGUGGACAUUGUGCUAACAGAUGUCGCUUGCAGUGUCUUAGAUGUGGUCUUCUCAAUACUCCUCAACAGAGACGGUCCAUGUCCUCCCGUAACAGGCCUGAGGGCAAGGUGCUGGAAACAGUUGGAGUAUUUGAAGCACCAAAACACCAUGGCAAAUAUGAGACUGGGCAGUUAUUCUUGCACAGUGUCUUUGGCUACAGAGGUAUAGUUCUUUUCCCCUGGCAUGCUCGACUCUAUGACAGAGAUGUCAACCCCCCAGCUGCAGAAAUUAAAUCUGAGCCUACAGGAGCUCAAGGGUCAAAGGAGGUGAAAGGCAAAACCCACACUUACUAUCAGGUCCUCAUAGACACCAGAGACUGUCCACAUAUUUCUCAGAGAUCACAAACAGAGGCUGUCACAUUUCUGGCCAACCAUGAUGAAAGCAGGGCCCUCUAUGCUAUUCCAGGUCUGGACUAUGUGAGCCAUGAAGACAUUUUACCCUAUAACUCAACAGACCAGGUGCCCAUUCAACACGAACUUUUUGAGAGAUUCCUCAUGUUCAACCCAUCCAAAGUGCCACCAUUUAUAUCCAGAGACACACUUCAUGCAUGGCAGGAAAAAAACCACCCAUGGCUGGAGCUGUCUGAUGUUCACCGCGAGACCACGGAAAGCAUUCGAGUCACAGUCAUCCCAUUUUACAUGGGUAUGCGGGAAGCACAGAAUUCUCAUGUUUACUGGUGGCGGUACUGUAUUCGUCUGGAGAAUCUGGGGAAUGAGGUGGUGCAGCUGAGAGAAAGACACUGGAGGAUCUUCAGUUUGUCUGGCACUUUAGAGACCGUCAGGGGCAGAGGAGUCGUAGGACGGGAGCCAGUGUUAUCUAAAGAACAGCCAGCGUUCCAGUAUAGUAGUCAUGUCUCUUUGCAGGCCCCUAGUGGACAUAUGUGGGGCUCCUACCGGCUUGAGCGGUCCAAUGGUACCUUCUUUGAUGUGCGUAUCCCUCCCUUCUCUCUUGAGAGCAAGAAAGACGAUUCUCCCAACAACUUCCUGCCUGGCCCUUUUUCUUCCCUUGCUUAAGAGCUCAGUUCUGUCUAACCCCAUUCUCUGCUCACCUUGCACAUCAGCAUCAUGUUAUCUCUGAUCACCUCAUUUUUAAUUCCUCAUCACACUUAUGUUUCUAAAGUAUUUAAGAGAAGGGCUGCUGAUCUGUAUUAAUGACUGCUAGGAAUGCGAAUAGUGUUGGAUAGAUGAGGAUAUAAUUCAGACAUAGUAUAUUUUGUAUGAUCAGGGUCUUUUUUGGUCUUCACUUUCUCUCUCUCUACUCCAAAUGUAUGUUAAAGUUGUAGAACUCUGGACCCGCCAAUUAUAAACGUAUGGUUUGUAUUAUUUUACUUAUUUUAUUGAAGAAGAAAAUAAAAACACAGCAUUAGUGUCAACACCUCUUCUAACAAGCAUUUUUUCAUCCCAUCAAAUACAUUUAUUCUCAGGAAAAGGUGGCAUUUGUAUCCAAACGCAUAUUUCUUUUUCUAACCAUUUAAAAAUAUCAUAGUAUAGUUACACACGUCAUCUUUGUGUCGAAAACUUUAAUUUAAUACAUUAAUUUAAGGAAUAGUUUACCCAAAAUGAUAAUUCUCUCAUUUACUCAUCCUUAUGCUGUCUAAAACUCGUAUGACUUUCUUUCUUCUGCGCAGCACAAACAAAGAUAUGCAAUAAUUGCAAUAAUGCAAUAAUUUUUCAUCCAGUUCAAGUCAAAGCUUAAAGCUCCAAAAUAUAUUUACAACUAUAAAUCUGCAGCCUCUUUGCUGCGUUCAUGAGUGAAGCUCACUCCCUCGGAUAUAACUAAUAUGGCCAGGUCUGGACUGGGAAGAGAAAUCGGCCCGGGAGCUCGGUUCUCCCGCUGGCCAGUCCGCCCCUGAUCGGCCCCAAAGUGUGUUGGCCCACUGGGAAAAUGCCCAGUAUGCCAGAUUGCCAGUCCAGCCCUGCAUAUGGCAUAGCAUGUGUUCAGCAAGCGUAUGUGUAAAGCACGAGGAUGUGUGAGUGAGCUUCACCCAUGAACGUGUCAAAGAGACUGCAGAUGUCAAGAUAUAUAGUGGAAAAGGAGAUUAAUAUGCUUCUGAAGACAUGAACCACUCGAGUCAUAUGGAUUAUUUUUAUGCUGCCUUUAUGUGCUUUUUGGAGCUUGAAUGUUUUGGUCCCCAUUGUUGUGUGGGAAAAUACACACCCUUCACAUAUCUUUGUUUGUGAACUCCAGCAGACAUACAAGUUUGAAACUGCAUAAGGGUGAUUAAAUGAGAGGAGACUUCUCAUUUUUGGUUGAACUAUACAUUUAAUUUAAAUUCUCAGUUUUGAGAUCAACAUCAUCUUAUUUUAUGUGAUAAUAUUAAUAUAGACAUAAAAUUGCAUCAGAUUUUAUUAAUAAAAAAUACUUUGUCCUAAUUUAUGUCCCUGCUUCCUACUGAUGAAAUUUGUGGGAAAAAUCACUGGAAAAUCAGCUAAUUUGCAUGUCCCAGUUCAUCUUGUUGUAGAGAAUUAAAAAUGAUUUUAUUAUGUAAGGGAUUAUUUUAAUUUGUUAUAUUGCAUUUUCUGAGGAAAUAAAUUAUUUUCCUUUGUCUCACUUACUGUUUGACCCUGUAAUGCUGUGACGUUGAUGUGGGUUUAAGGUGGAAAAUAGAAUUUCUUAAGUUCAGCAUUAAGCUUUUCAAAUGAAAUGGCCCAUGUAUGAAAAACAAAAUCCUUAAGAUUUAAUUCACAAAUGGCACAGUUUCCUGAGAAUAACCCAUAUAAAGUCAUCUUCUCCCUCCUGAUUCCCUCCUCUGAUUUGCUGCUAUUAUUUAAAUGUCAAAUUCAGUGCUGCUUUCUCUUUCAGGUUUCAAUCACUGUCAACUUGCCAUGUUAAAGAGCCAUUUCGUCAUUUAUCCAAAUCCAGUUAUUAGAAUGUUGGUUAAAUGUUAUUUUGUUUAAUAUUUUCUGAUUGCCAUGCACUUCUUUACAGUGCACUUUAAAUGAUAAUAGAUGCAUAUGCCUCACAGUAGUGUCCUCUGUUCUGUGCUGUAAUACUGUAACAACCCAUUUAUCACUGUCCCAAUGUAAAGUUGAGACAAUUUAUAUAAAGUGUUUUUUUUUUGUUUGUUUUUUUCCCAGACAGGUUAUGAGAUUAAAUGCAAUUAACCUAAAUUGUAUAAUUCAGCCUUUGUAUAUUCACUUGUGUGUGUGUGUGUGUGUGUGUGUGUGUGUGUGUGGUCUCUCUUAUUGUGAAAUCUGGAGCAGUGUGAAAGUGAUUCAGCUUUGUGAGAAAGGAUCUUCUGUUUAAAA